AUGACGGAGGAGGUCUACUCGAAGCCCGUGGCCAGCUUUGCCGUCGACGCCACCCCCGCGCCCACGAUCACGGUGCCCGUGCUCGAGCAGGGCCGCGCCGCCCUGGAGAAGAUCAACAAGGAGAUGGGCCUUGCGUUUGAUGAGUGGGACCUGGACUACUACACGCGCCUGUUCAAGGACAUGGGGCGCGACCCCACCAAUGUGGAGCUUUUCGACAUUGCGCAGUCCAACAGCGAGCACAGCCGGCACUGGUUCUUCCGCGGCGACAUUGUCCUCGACGGCGAAAAGAUGCCCCACAACCUGAUGGACAUCGUGAAGGCGCCCCUGGACGUCAACCCCCGCAACAGUGUGGUGGCGUUCAAGGACAACUCCAGCGCCAUUCGGGGCGCGGAGGUCUCGCCCGUGCUGCCCCUCAACCCAGGCGGCCCCAGCGCGCUCGCGCCCCAGCGCCGCGACUGGGACCUGCUGCUGACGGCCGAGACCCACAACUUCCCCUGUGCCGUGGCACCCUACCCGGGCGCCGAGACGGGCGCGGGCGGGCGCAUGCGCGACACCCAUGCGACCGGCACCGGCUCCAUCAUGGGCGCCGGAACCGCGGGCUACUGCGUGGGCAACCUCCUACUGGACGGUGCCAACCGCCUGCCCCACGAGGACCCCGAGGCCGCCUACCCCGACAGCCUCGCCCCGCCACUGCAGAUCCUCAUCGACGCCUCCAACGGCGCGUCUGACUACGGCAACAAGUUUGGGGAGCCGCUGGUGGCGGGCUACACCCGCACCUUUGGCCAGCGGCUGCCCAACGGCGAGCGCCGCGAGUGGCUGAAGCCCAUCAUGUUCAGCGGCGGGCUGGGGCAGAUCGACCACAGGCACCUGCACAAGGACGACGGGGAGCUGGGCAUGCUCGUGGUGAAGAUCGGCGGCCCCGCCUACCGGAUCGGCAUGGGCGGCGGCGCCGCCAGCAGCGUCCCGAGCGGCUCCAACAGCGCCGACCUGGACUUCAACGCGGUGCAGCGCGGCGACGCCGAGAUGAGCAACAAGCUCUGGCGCGUCGUGCGCAGCUGCGUGGAGCUCGGCGGCGGGAACCCGCUGGUGCAGAUCCACGACCAGGGGGCCGGCGGCAACUGCAACGUGGUCAAGGAGAUCAUCUACCCCCUGGGGGCGGAGAUUGACGUCCGGGCGGUCAAGGUGGGGGAUGAGACCAUGUCAGUCCUGGAGAUCUGGGGGGCGGAGUACCAGGAGAACGACUGCCUGCUCAUACGCCCGGAGAGCAGGGGCCUGCUGGAGGCCAUCUGCGAGAGGGAGAGGUGUCUCAUGCAGGUCAUCGGCGCCAUCGACGGCAGCGGGCGCAUCACCCUGGUCGACAAGAACGCGCCCGAGGGCACGCCCCCGGCAGUGGACCUCGAUCUUGACCAGGUCCUGGGCAAGAUGCCCAACAAGACCUUCAACUUCAAGACGCGCAAGUCGGACCUCCGGCCCCUCGCGUUCCCGGAUGGCACCACGGCCCAGUCCGCCCUGGAGCGCGUGUUGCGGCUGCCCAGCGUGGGCAGCAAGCGGUUCCUGACCACCAAGGUCGACCGCCACGUCACGGGUCUCGUCGCGCAGCAGCAGUGCUGCGGCCCCCUGCAGCUGCCCGUGGCCGACGUCGCCGUCUUUGCGCAGACGCACACAGGCUUCACGGGCGCAGCCACCUCCAUUGGGGAGCAGCCCCUCAAGGGCCUGAUCGAUCCGGAGGCCAUGGCGCGCCUCUCACUCGGGGAGGCCAUCACAAACCUCUGCCUGGCGCGCGCCACGGCCCUGGGUGACAUCAAGGCCAGCGUCAACUGGAUGUACGCCGCCAAGAUGGGCAGUGAGGGCGCAGACAUGUACAACGCCGCCUGCGCCAUCAGGGACGCCAUGAUCGAGCUGCAGCUGGCCUGCGACGGCGGCAAGGACUCCCUGUCCAUGGCGGCCGCAGCAGGGGGGGAGACGGUGAUGGCGCCCGGCAACCUGGUGGUGUCAGCCUACGUGGGCUGCCCCGACAUCACCAAGGUCGCCACCCCGGACCUGAAGCUGGCCCAGUCUGGCGGGGUGCUGUUGCACGUAGAUCUCGCGAACGGGCUCAGGCGCCUCGGAGGCAGCGCCCUCGCUCAGGCGUACGCGCAGUUGGGUGACGAGAGCCCAGAUGUGGACCCGGCCCAGCUCAAGGGCAUGUGGGGCGCCAUCCAGGCACUCCUGGAGCGCCGCACCGUCAGCGCGGGCCACGACAUCAGCGACGGCGGCAUCGCAACCACGCUGCUGGAGAUGGCCUUCGCGGGCAAUUGCGGCCUGAGCGUGGACCUGCCCCUGCCCACCAACCAGCUGCCCGAGGGCCAGGCCGCGCUGGCGGCGCUGUUUGCUGAGGAGCUCGGCCUGGUGCUGGAGGUGUCCCCCGAGGACGCUGACAUGGCGUCAUCCAUCUUCAACCAGGCCGGGGUGCCCUGCGCCAUCAUCGGCCGGGUGACCCCUGACAAGAAGGUUGACAUCCGGGUGGGCGGCAAGCCCGCCAUCAGCGGCGCGACCCCCGCCUUGCGGGACGUCUGGGAGGAGACAGGCUUUGCCCUGGAGAGGCUGCAGUCUGCGGAGGACACCGUGGCGGAGGAGCAGGCCGGCCUGGCCAAGCGGGAGGCGCACACCUGGGUGUUGCCUUGGCGGCCAGAGUACACCCGUGAUGACGUCCUCGCGCGCCCCGACAAGGUGCGCGUGGCGGUGAUCCGCGAGGAGGGCAGCAACGGCGACCGCGAGAUGGCGGCAGCCGUUUACGCGGCCGGCCUGGAGCCCUGGGACAUCACCAUGAGUGACCUGCUGCAGGGCCGCGCGAGCCUGGACAGCUUCAGGGGCCUGAUCUUUGUGGGCGGCUUCUCAUACGCUGACGUCCUCGACAGCGCCAAGGGCUGGGCAGACGCAACCCCCAACUCCCAGGGUGACUCCAACCCGCUCAUUUGA